AUGGCAGCUGCUAGUGAGUUCAUGUUGAGCGGAUCGGGAGAGGAUGCAGGCAGUAGCCGAGCUGAAACACCUCAGCCAGCUACACGCUUUGUUGCAAAUCAGCAGGGACCACAGAAGAAGCGAGCGCGGCGUGAAAAGCGGAAGCGCGGAGGAAGAGUUAGCGGAAAUGAGAGUACUAGCAGCGUGGAAAAGGGAACUCGCAAUGGACCUGGAAAGGAACGUGCUCCAAAGAGAACAUUAGCAGCUGAGUUGAACGAGGAACGUCGACGAAGAGAGGAUGAGUAUAUGCGCACUAAUACUGGAGGAUUGGGAGAUUGGCCCAUGCCUGACCUCAAUCUUGGAUCGCUCAUUGAAGCUGACGAAAGAGCUCAAGGAUCAAGACUUUGGCCUCCAACUCCCAUAGGGUCAAGGGCUUCUCUGACUUCUCAGUGGAGCGAGCACUUGCAAAACUCGGAUCCUUCUGCAUCAGCAAACGUGGAGAACGUGUCGUACGACCCGAUGUCUCUCGGUUUAUCGUUGGGAACCACCGUGGCUCCCGUGGAUCACACUGCCCCAUUCAGCAUUUUCGCGGGCGCAGACUUCAGCUUGUGGUCUAGCGCUGCUACAGGCGAAUCUUACACUUCUUGGAGUAAUGACUCUGAAAAGUCAGCAUCUGAGAAGAAGUAG